AUGUCUUCCGACGAUGCUCCAUCAGUACCCCAAAACAAACCUUCUUCAACUAGUUUUGCAGAUGUGUUCAAAACGUUAGCCGUUGGUCGCCCGAAAUCGCACUCCCCCGUAUCGAUCCCGGAAAACAGCAGCGAUUCGACAUCACAUAAUCGUCAAGUUCUUGGGCUCGAAUCCAUGCAUCGAGCAAGUGUGGUGUCCAGUUCCUCGGACACUCCGAGUGCUCCGGACAUUGACAAUUCCUUUCGGAACUUGUCGCAGAAGCAAAAUGUCAUCCACGCUAUCGAUGAAGCUGAAUCUAUAUCCAAGUCUAUCUCAUGGUUCACUCCGGAGCAAUCAGUGGGGCUAUGGGAAGCGGCGGAGUACCUAUUGCAUCAUGAAUCUCCUGAUGCUCAGAAAAGUGGGGCGAAGCUGUUGGAAGCAGUUGCGGCUCGUCAGGAUCUAAGCCCGUCGGCCAGGCGUUUGAUAUUCGAAUCAAUUGCUUGCCCAACUGAAGCAGAUGUAAUUGCCUCGCGCGUUCAGUCACUGAUCUCGUUGUCGGAUCAUGGCCGGAAACUGGAUUUUACCACCACAUCCAUCCUACACAUUAUCUCUUCUUGGAUUGUACCUCUUUAUGGGGUCAUCGCCACGGCACGUUCCAAGACGAAGAAGGGAAAGUCGGGCCACCCGAACGGCGUCGUACAUGAAGAGAUUGUGCUUGGAGAUCUUUUGCAAUUCGCAGUAGAUUUGGUUACACUACAGCGCAAACCUCCGACUCAGGAAGAAAUCGAACUGCUUCUCACGGAGACUUUCGCCGUUUGCAAGAAGACUAGUGUCGCAAAUGAUAUUAAGAAUGCGCUAUCCGUCUUCGAUGCCGUGAUCGUCUAUGCAGACGUACCUGACAAGAGUUUUACUCCUCUCCUGGAAGUUCUUUGCAGCAUCCAUUCUUCCGUCAAAUCUCUUUCUGGACCUACUUCUCGAUCUGUGCGUAGCUUGGCCAAAUCUCGAAGACAGUCAGAGAUGCUCAACACUCUUCAUGGCUUCAUGAGACAGAGUUCUGAUGGUGACUCCUCCCGCAAUUUGAAUGUUAUCCGUGGUACACUUUACGUCUUUUCUGAUCUUGUUCACGCCUACGGUCAGGGCGGCAUGCCUCAGAUUCCUUUUGAGCAAUUGAUCGACUCGCUUAUGAUCGUUGCCCACAAGGACGACCGCCGGGUUGAUGCUGAGAUCCUGGACCUGUGCCUGAACAUUCUGGACGGAGACUAUACAGGUAUCGCUCUGAGAUGCGAUUGGACAAGCUUCAUCAGUCUCCUGGUUCUUUGCUCUCGGAGAGUCUUCCAGGAUGCUGAAGAUACGGUCGCGUCGCCAACAAGCCCACAGCAGACACCUGCCAAGGGUACGCACGACGAUAUUAAGUCGAGCAUUUUGGCAGACAUAAUCCGGAUCGCUUCGGUGAUAGAGUCUCUCUGGGAACAGCUCAACAAAGAACAAAGACAUCAGGCCGUCCGGUUCUUAGCGAAAAGCCACCAGCAUAUCGAGCCUUCUCAGUCUGAACUUAUCAUCAACAUGAUGAGAGAGGAUCAGUUCUGCCGUCCGUCUGAAGGCGCCGUUUGGGUGAAACGUUGUCGGGACCUGAUCGAGCGUUUUAUACUGCCUCGAAAGCAGUCUUCCGAUAUUCGGAUCAUGGCCCUGGAUACCUUGAAAGAAUCACUUUCUGGAAAUGAAUGUCUCAUUUUCUCCGAGGAGCAUGGCCUUUUAGAUCUCCUGCUGCAGGAUUUCUCGGCUGAACAUGAUUUGCUUUUCUUGGAGUCCUUGGUCUCCUUCCUAACCGAGCCUGCUAUGCAAAUAAGCGACGAUAGCGUGUUCAAACGCUUAGUGGACAUAAUUAGCUCGCCGAUGAAACAUGACCUCAUCAAAGAUGAUCCACGGCAUAGUUCGAGCUAUGCACCUUCAUCACGCCGUACGUCUACAACGAGUGUCCUGGAGCUGACCUUAGCGAACGUAUGUGCCGUGGGUCUUGUGAAGAUGAUGCUCCGUGCCUUGAAUUAUUCUGCCACAAAAUCUGUUAUUAUCUACGAAUCGCUCUUGGGAAUCGCUCAGUCUGCAGAUCGCCCAACCGAUUCCCGCCUCACCGUCAUGAAGCUGUUGUUCCGGCUUCGGUGUGACUCGGCUGGUUCUGUCUCCGUGGUAUCGACCUCGGAGGGUGAUUUUUUAAUGAAUGUGCUGGGUCGCAAUAUUGACGUCGGUUCUAAAACCCGAGGCCCCGGCGAUAGUCCCUUGAGAGAACCUCAAACCGAGAACGUGCCGCCACUUCCUACCAGCAAACUCAUUGGCAAAGAUCUCCCAGCCUCCGUGUUGUCCAAAUCGGUUCCAGCCCGAGGCUCAAUAUCUUCUCGCUCGUUGAGGCUGACACCUCCAGUCUGGACCUACGCUUUGCCGCAGGUUCUUCCCGAGCAACCCCCUGGAGAAUCUAGUCCACUAGUGUACGCCCACACACAAGCUGAAGCGGAGGCUCAGAGCCCUGUUAGUGAGAUCGUCCCUGCACAAGUGGGUGUACUGAAAGUCAAUAUGUGGCUUGAGGUCGUGAUCUUACUGCUGCAACGGGAAACCGACUGGGAUGUUUACAGCUACGUCCUCACACACCUCGGUCCUCAGCUUGCUAACAAGGAUUUUUUCAAGAGCUCCAGUCCUCAGAUCAAGCUGCUGCGCAGCAUUCUGUGUGAUCAAGUCAAGAAUGAGACAUUUCAUGAGCCUCCUGGACCUACUGGUCUGAAAAAGAGCGAUGUGGCUGCGUGUAUCUUUGAUGCGUUAUCCAUGCUUACCAGCUAUCACGAGCAUUUUGCCAAGAGCGAAGAAGAUGAUCUCGUCCGAGCUUUUAUGUCGGGAAUCAUUGGGUCUUGGGGUGCCACAUCUCGUGGCUGUAUCCAGGCGCUUUCCCUUUGCUGUCAUGAAAUCCCAGCGUCGGUGACAAAGUCUUUGAUGAGCAUUCUCGACAGAAUGUCCAAGGUCAUUACUAUGUCAAACCUAGCUGUUCAUAUCUUGGAGUUCCUAGCUCUCCUUGCUCGUCUGCCUGACGUCUACAUCAAUCUGCGCGAAGAAGAGAUUCGAACUGUUUUUGGUAUCUGUAUUCGCUUUUUACAGACCUCGCGGGAACAACGUUACAAGGCUACCGAAUCCCCCACCCGCUCCUCUCCGCAAGUUCCAUCCAGACUCAGUGCUGGUGCACGAGAGAUUGCGACAGGCGCGGCAGAAGCCGCGGACAAUUUCUCAGCUGAUGCCAUGUCUAGUUACAUCAUGAGCCUCACGUAUCAUGUGAUGAUAUUCUGGUAUAUCUCUCUGAAGCUGCAAGACCGUGCCAAGCAUGUCAACUGGAUCACUAGUCGACUCAUUUUCCAUGACGAGCAAGGCAAAGAGGUGGUUGAGGAACAGAGCCAGGUCUUUAUUGACUUGAUGCAACGUGUUGCCUUCUCGGAUUUGGGCGAGACUGUUCCCUUCGAAACUUUCCCUCCCACCCCCGAGGAUGGCCCAGUGUCCAAGAAGUCCUGGGUUGUAGGCCUGAGCAUCGUGACCGUUGAGACUGCGGGUGUGUCUGGGUUGACCCAAAUCUCGAAACGCCAGGCAUCUGGAACAACCUAUAUUGUGUACCAGCAGCGAACGGCACCUGUUCUACCACAUCAGGUUCCUCCGACACCAGAUGCACACUUGCACUCUGACGAUAUGCGCACGGCAGUUCUCCCCAGUCACAUCAUGCUUCAGAUGACUACAUCGGCCUUUCCUACUCCCAUGGUGAUACAGCCUAUUCCUGUCCCUGAGGACGACAUCACUCGCCGGGCGAUCGGUAGUUUUGAUAGAACCGAUAUUGUGGACGGGCAUCGCGUUGGAGUCGUCUAUCUAGACAAUGGUCAAAACAAGGAAGCCGAAAUUCUCGCCAAUACGGUUGGUUCUCCAGAUUACGAAUACUUCUUGUCUGGCCUAGGCACGAAAGUAUCGCUUCGGAAUGCCCAAUUCAACACCCAGGGCCUGUAUGCCGACACCGAUGGUGAGGCUACUUAUGCUUGGCGUGACCGAGUGACCGAAAUUGUAUACCACGUCGCGACUAUGAUGCCUACGAACCUUGAGCACGAUCCUGCAUGUAUCAACAAGAAGCGAAACAUUGGCAAUAACUUCGUCACCAUCGUUUUCAACAAAUCGAACCUCCCUUUCAACUUCGACACGAUCCCAUCCGAGUUCAACUCCAUCAACAUCGUCAUCACUCCUUCCAGUCGCAUUGCUUAUGAUGAAUCCGGCGCCGCAAAGGGAGAAACGGACCCGGAGAAGCUCUACUACAGUGUGAGAGUGAUGAGCAAGCCCGGAUUCCCCGACGUUUCAGCCGCAGCAACUCCCAAGGUCAUCUCCGGCAAGAACUUGGCAUCUUUCGUCCGCAUUCUGGCUCUCAGCGCCUCCUCCUUUUCGCUCGUGUGGAACAACAAGGGCGGCGAACAUACUUCAUCUUGGCGCGCCCGCCUCCGGGAGAUCAAGAAGGUCCGCGAACGUGCCUUGGCUGCACAAGCUCAAGGCUCCGAAGCUGCCGAGGGCGCUUACCCCGGCCUACGCCGCAACACGAAGCCAAACAUCUUCUCCGAAGAACUUCCUACGCGCAAUGCUCCCGUGCGAACGGAUGCCUCGGAAUGGGAAUCCGCCUCAGAAGGCAAUAUUCUCCAGAACUUGGAUUUCUCUCGCUGGGGCCGCUAA